AUGUUUGAAGUCAACCAGACAAAAGUUAUGGAGAUUCUGCUGUUGGGUUUUCAGAAUACUUGGACUGUAAAUUGUUUUCUAUUUGUUCUGUUCCUUGUGAUCUACAUCCUGACGUUAGUCGGGAACCUGCUGAUUAUUAUAUUGGUGGCACAGUUUCAGGUUCUUCAAUCGCCCAUGUAUUUCUUCAUCACUCAGUUAUCGGUGUGCGAUAUCCUUCUGACCACAAAUACAGUCCCCAACAUGCUCCAUAUUAUAAUUAAUGGAGGAAGCACAAUCUCAUUAAGUGGUUGCAUCACUCAGUUUUACUUUUUUUGUGUUACAGAAGCCACGGAGUGUUUCAUCCUCACCGUGAUGUCCUGUGACCGGUAUUUAGCCAUUUGCCGCCCGCUGCGUUAUACCUCCAUCAUGACUUUCCAGUUUUGUUUCCAGCUCAUUCUUAUUUCUUGGCUUUUGUCAUGUAUCCUAACAUUAAUUCUUGUACAUCAAGUUGCUGCUUUACAGUUUUGUGGUCAUGUAAUUGACCAUUAUUUCUGUGAUUUAAUUCCCCUCCUAAAGCUGUCCUGUACAAAGCAUACACUUGUAGAACUCAUCGAUUUUAUCUUAGCCAUUCCAUUUGUAUCUAUGCCUUUCUUCUUUAUCCUUUGUACAUAUGUUUACAUUUUUAUCACCAUCCUUGGAAUUUCCUCCAACACCGGGAGGCAGAAAGCCUUCUCCACCUGCAGCGCUCACCUGACUGUAGUGGUCGCCUACUAUGGGAGUCUAAUAUCAGUUUAUAUGGCUCCUUCCAAAGUGCAAUCAUAUAAUAUAAAUAAAGUAUUGUUUCUUCUGUAUACAGUGCUAUGCCCAUUUUUUAACCCAAUUAUAUAUAGUCUUAGGAACGAGGAUAUUAAAAUUAGUUUGAACAAAUUUAUUUUGAGUAGCCUAGGAAUGAUUUAG